AUGGUAGUGCAGUGCGUGAGAUACCUUUCCAAGCUAGAAAAACUGAAUUUUGAAAGCGUGUCUAUCCUUGAUGUUUAUAUUCAGAGGUUCUCCUUUUACCCUUUGAGACCAAAAAGGCAACAGAAGAACCUUGAAGGCUAUGUGGGAUUUGCAAAUCUCCCAAAUCAAGUAUACAGAAAAUCAGUGAAGAGAGGAUUUGAAUUUACCCUUAUGGUAGUAGGUGAAUCUGGAUUGGGAAAGUCAACGUUAAUCAACUCGUUAUUCCUCACAGAUUUGUACUCUCCAGAGUAUCCCGGUCCUUCCCAUAGGAUAAAAAAGACUGUACAAGUGGAACAAUCCAAAGUUUUAAUCAAAGAAGGUGGAGUUCAGUUACUGCUCACAAUAGUUGAUACCCCAGGAUUUGGAGAUGCAGUGGAUAAUAGUAAUUGCUGGCAGCCUGUUAUCGAUUACAUUGAUAGUAAAUUUGAGGACUACCUAAAUGCAGAAUCUCGAGUGAACAGACGCCAGAUGCCUGACAACAGAGUGCAGUGUUGUUUAUACUUCAUUGCUCCUUCAGGACAUGGACUUAAACCACUGGAUGUUGAGUUUAUGAAGCGCUUACAUGAAAAAGUGAAUAUCAUCCCACUCAUUGCCAAAGCAGACACACUCACGCCAGAGGAGUGCCAACAGUUUAAAAAGCAGAUAAUGAAAGAAAUCCAAGAACAGAAAAUUAAAAUAUAUGAAUUUCCAGAAACAGAUGAUGAAGAAGAAAAUAAGCUUGUUAAAAAGAUAAAGGACCGUUUACCUCUUGCUGUGGUAGGUAGUAACACUAUCAUCGAAGUUAAUGGCAAAAGGAGGGAGAGAGGACUUUAUGAAGGUCGAUUGUGCAGUAAUAGUAAAUAUUUUGUGGAGAUGAAGAAGAAUGAAAAAAUCCUGGAAGGGAGUGUUGGGCUACCCAUGUUCAGGCCUUUUAAUUUCUUUGGCAGGAUGCUCUUAAUUUCCCCAACACAUUUUUAUAAGCUUUCAGGAUUUAAGUAUGCAGUGAAGAGUUUCCCAAGUAAAAAAUUUGACACAAUUAAAGUCAUGAGCCCUUUGGCACAAAUGGAAGAAGAAAGAAGAGAGCAUGUAGCCAAGAUGAAGAAGAUGGAGAUGGAGAUGGAGCAGGUGUUUGAGAUGAAGGUCAAAGAAAAAGUUCAGAAAUUGAAGGACUCUGAAGCUGAGGCUUUUACUUUUGUUAUAUUUGCCAUGGGUUCACUCCAGCAGGAGUAUGAAAUUUAG